UUGAGCCAUUUUGGUCUCAAAAUCAUGGGUGCCAGUUACCGAAAGUUUUAUGUGAAAUUGUGGCAAACGGUUUUCCAUGCUUCAGAUAUGUUAACACAGUCCGCCACAAAGCAAAAGCUCAGCUAGUCGACUUUAUUUUUUUUUUAAUCCACGAACGUCCUUUUUUGUUUCCCACUUGACGCAACCCCAAAGCAGGUGAAAGAGUUCCUUCUCGAAGUCAGUCGUCUGGCAACUUUAUCCAGGUGUAAGGCCCAGUGCAGAACUCUCAUCUUGCGGUUGGACUUCGGUAUGAGGGCUAUGAACGCAGCAAUCGUUAUUUUGUCAUUGGCCGCCGUCGCGUGCAGCGCCAGUGCACAAAGAACGCCCAGCCAGAAGGUUUUUCUGUGCUACUGGGCAAGCUGGUCCCACUAUCGCGUUGGCAAUGGCAAGUUCUCGGCCAAGCAGAUGGAGUCGACACCGUGCACCCACCUCAUCUACGCGUACGCGAAGAUCAUGAACGGUGUCAUUGCACCGAUGGAUCCACAUCUGGAGAUCCAGGGCAACGGAAUGUAUAGACGGUUUAACGCCCUGAAGAGGUCAAGUCGGGGCCUGAAGACACUCAUCUCCGUCGGAGGCUGGACAGAGGGAUCGCAAAGGUUUUCCAAGAUGGCGUCCAGCCAGCGUGGACGCCGGACCUUCGUGGACAGCGUCGAACGUUUUUUGGACCGCCACGGCUUUGACGGAAUCGACAUCGACUGGAGAUACCCGACUCAAAGAGGAGGAUCUUCGGAAGACAAAGAGAACUUUGCGCUGUUGCUCGAGGAUUUGAGAGGGACCAUGGACAAGAAGCACCGCACACUGACGGUCACCGUGCCCGCAUUGAAACAGACGAUCAGCGCAGCGUAUGAUGUCUCCGAGCUUUCAAAGCAUGUUGACUUCAUGAGCGUCACCGCCUUCGACCUGUUUGGUCCGUGGAACAGCUUCACCGGGCACCCCGCUCCGCUCCGGGGCAGAACUGACGACUCGAGCCACACCCUGAACGUGGAAACCAGUAUCGAGAAUUGGAUCUCGGAAGGAGUCGACGUGAGCAAACUCGUGCUCGGUAUGCCACUGUACGGCCGAACCUACACCCUGGAAGACCCCAGUGAACACGGCUUCAAUGCACCAACGUCAGGACCCGGUAAAUCUGGGCCCUUCACCAAGGAAGCGGGGAUGCUCGGCUACAAUGAGAUCUGCACAUUCCUCUCUUCUCGUGGCUGGGACGUGACGCGGGACCCCGACGUCAACGCACCAGUGAUGGUGAAGGGCGAUCAGUGGAUUGGUUUCGACGACGCCGGAAGCCUCACUAAAAAGGUUGAGUUGGCGCUGCAAAAGGGACUCGCUGGAGCCAUGGUAUGGUCCAUCGACACGGACGACUUCAGAGGCCAGUGUGGGUGGGAAAAGAACCCGCUUCUGGAAGCCAUUCGGAAAGCCCUAAAGCUCAACACUGACGAGACCGACCCAAGAACGCGCGCGCCUACAGGUCUUCCAUGUAAAACCGAAACCCGCGAGAAGUUCACGUGUACCAAGGAGGGGUUCUUUUCCCGCCCGGUAAGCGACCGGAGGUACAUCCAGUGCGUGAAGAGAGGCGGAAGGCUUGAGGCAAGAGAGAUGGAAUGUCCGAGUGGUACCGUUUUUGAUGAAAUGAGCGCUAAGACGCGUGAAUAAACCUGGCCUAAGGCGGAUUCUUAAAAGGGGGCAGGGGGGAAGAGGUGUUCUUUCCCCACUCCUCAACCCCCAAGGGCGACAUUUUAUGAAUAAAAGAGACAUACAAAUGCC